AUGCAGACGUCCCGGGCCGUCAAUUCCGCCAUGGGCGCCAGGGCAUUUGUCCCCGCCCCCAAGAUCCGAUUCCAGAUCCAGCGCCGGAAUCUUCAGGAUGUCGCGAUCACUAGAACUGGAAAGCCGAUUCUGAAGGUCCAGGGUGGCCGGUCCUCUUUGGGAGGUCACACCGCGACCGUCUUCGGUGCUACUGGUUUCCUCGGUCGUUACAUCGUCAACAAGCUCGCUACGCAGGGAUGCACCGUUGUCGUCCCCUACCGUGAGGAGAUGACGAAGAGACACUUGAAGGUCACUGGUGACCUUGGCCGUGUCAACUUCAUUGAAUACGAUUUGCGCAACACCCAGUCCAUUGAGGAAGCUGUGCGCCAUUCCGAUGUUGUCUACAACCUUGUCGGUCGUCAAUAUCCCACCAAGAACUUCUCCUACACUGACGUCCACGUCGACGGUACGGAGCGCAUCGUUGAGGCUGUUGCCAAGUACGACGUUGACCGCUUCAUCCACGUCUCUUCCUACAACGCCAGCCGGGACUCUCCUUCCGAGUACUUUGCGACCAAGGCCUGGGGUGAGGAGAUCGUCCGCAACAUCUACCCCGAGACCACCAUUGUCCGCCCUGCGCCCAUGUUCGGUUUCGAGGACAACCUCCUCCACAAGCUCGCUCGUGUGACCAACCUCCUCACAUCGAACCACAUGCAGGAGCGCUACUGGCCCGUUCACGCUAUUGAUGUCGGUACUGCUCUGGAGCGCAUGCUGCACGACGACAGCACCGUCGGUCAGACCUUCGAGCUGUACGGUCCCAAGAACUACUCCACGGCCGAGAUUGCCGAGCUGGUCGACCGCGAAAUCGUCAAGCACCGCCGUCACGUCAACGUGCCCAAGGCCAUCCUCAAGCCUCUGGCUUACUACCUGAACAAGUACCUCUGGUGGCCCACCAUCUCCGCCGACGAGGUGGAGCGUGAGUUCAUCGACCAGGUGAUCGACCCCAACGCCAAGACGUUCAAGGAUCUCGACAUUGAGCCUGUCGACCUCAGCACCCUGACCUUCCACUACCUGUUGGGUUACCGUAGCGCCUCGUACUACGAUCUCCCUCCGGCCACGGAGCGCGAGAGACAGGAGGAGAAGAAGUACCUGCACGUUCUGGACGACCAGUAG